UGAUUAUCUCCGCUGCUGCCGCUGCUGCUGCUAAACUCAGCUGCUGCCUCUGCCUCAAGGACCCCGGCGCCUCUCCCCCCAGCCAUGCUGCCUGCUGCCACAGCCUCCCUCUUGGGGCCCCUCCUCACUGCAUGGGCCCUGCUGCCUUUCACCCAGGGCCAGACCCCCAACUAUACCAGACCUGUGUUCCUGUGUGGAGGGGAUGUGACCGGGGAGUCAGGUUACGUGGCAAGUGAGGGUUUCCCCAACCUGUACCCCCCCAAUAAGGAGUGCAUCUGGACAAUAACGGUCCCUGAGGGCCAGACUGUGUCCCUUUCCUUCCGAGUCUUUGAUUUGGAGCUGCACCCCGCCUGCCGUUAUGAUGCUCUAGAGGUCUUUGCCGGGUCUGGAACCUCGGGCCAGCGGCUUGGACGCUUCUGCGGGACCUUCCGGCCUGCGCCCUUAGUCGCCCCCGGCAACCAGGUGACCCUGAGGAUGACGGCGGACGAGGGCACGGGAGGACGAGGCUUCCUGCUCUGGUACAGCGGGCGGGCCACCUCAGGCACUGGCCCCCCCCCAGGCGCGAGGCGGAAAUGGGUCACCGACCCGCGGGUGGAAUGGGCGGCCUGGGGUUACUGGGACGAGCACCAAUUUUGCGGGGGGCGGCUGGAGAAGGCCCAGGGAACCCUGACCACGCCCAACUGGCCCGAGUCCGAUUACCCCCCGGGCAUCAGCUGUUCCUGGCACAUCAUCGCGCCCCCGGACCAGGUGAUCUCGCUGACCUUCGGGAAGUUUGACCUGGAGCCCGACACCUACUGCCGCUACGACUCGGUCAGCGUGUUCAAUGGAGCCGUGAGCGAUGACGCCAAGAGGCUGGGAAAGUUCUGCGGCGACACCGCCCCGGGUCCCAUCUCCUCUGAAGGGAAUGAGCUCCUCGUCCAGUUCGUCUCUGACCUCAGUGUCACGGCCGAUGGCUUCUCCGCCUCCUACAAGACCCUGCCGCGCGGUGCCGCUGCCGAAGGGCAGGCCCGGAGCCCCGGGGAGGAUGCCCGGUCCGGGGCCUCGCUCCCCAAGCCCGGACCCCCACCUGUGGAGAAGCCAAAGGCCUCAUCGGAGGCUCUAGCACCUCCGGAAGCUCCCAAUGUGCCCAAUGUGUCCUGCCCAAAGCAGUGCCGAAGGACAGGCACCUUGCAGAGCAACUUCUGUUCCAGCAGCCUGGUGGUGACUGCGACAGUGAAGUCCAUGGUUCGAGGCCCAGGGGAGGGUCUCACUGUCACUGUCAGUCUCAUUGGUGCUUACAAAACCGGAGGCCUGGACCUGCCUUCUCCAAUCACUGACACCCCCCUGAAGUUGUAUGUGCCUUGCAAGCAGUGCCCUCCCAUGAAGAAAGGAGCCAGUUAUCUGAUGAUGGGCCAAGUGGAAGAGAACAGAGGUCCUAUCCUUCCUGCAGAGAGCUUCGUGGUUCUCUACCGGCCCAACCAGGACCAGAUCCUCACCAACCUCAGCAAGCGGAAGUGCCCCUCCCAGCCUGGUCGGGCUGCUGGGUCCCAGGCCUGAAACCCAGGCUACCUUCCUAGCCUGGAGCCCUAGGGACUCCUUUCUUAUCCAAAUAAAUGUUUCUUGACUGA